ACGGCGAACCGGAAAAGCCCUUUCUUCUUCCUCUAGCCAGCCGAUUUCCUCAGAGAGAGAGAGAGAGGGGCUAGCGCGCGCGCACAGAAAUGGUGCAACGUCUCACGUAUCGCAAGCGGCAUAGCUAUGCCACCAAGUCGAACCAGCACAGGGUCGUGAAGACUCCCGGAGGGAAGCUGGUUUACCAGACCACCAAGAAGAGAGCGAGUGGCCCCAAAUGCCCGGUCACCGGCAAGAGGAUACAGGGGAUUCCUCACUUGAGGCCAGCAGAAUACAAGAGAUCAAGAUUGUCUAGAAAUCGCAGAACUGUAAACCGGGCAUAUGGUGGAGUCUUGUCUGGAGGAGCUGUUCGAGAGAGGAUCAUCAGAGCAUUCUUAGUGGAAGAGCAGAAGAUUGUGAAGAAGGUAUUGAAGAUUCAGAAGGCAAAGGAAAAGCUUGCCUCAAAAAGCUGAGAAUACAGAAACUGGGAACCACUCUGGGUUAGACCUUCGAAGAAUGUAAUUUUGGCUUACAUUUAAUGAUAGGGAGUCAUAGAAAAGCAAUGUGAGACCAUCAUAGUUGAUUUUGUCGACAAAUUCAUCGAGCUGAUGUUUUGUUUCUCUUUCCCUUUUAAUUGCUUCUUGGUGAUACUGUAAAAUCAUGUACUAUCUGCUUUCCUUUAAUACCAGAUUAAUUGGUUUUUGGGGUUUA